GGGAUCCCCAGCAUGAUCCUCCUAGGGCACAGUUUGGGAGGAUUCCUGGCCACCUCUUACUCUAUCAAGUACCCUGAAAGAGUUAAAUACCUUAUCCUGGUGGACCCUUGGGGCUUUCCCCUCCCAACUGACCCAGGUGAGAUCCGUGCACCUCCCACCUGGGUCAAGGCUAUGGCUUCUGUCCUGGGGCGUUCCAAUCCCCUGGCUAUUCUUCGAGUAGCUGAGCCCUGGGAGCCUGGCCUGGUACAGCGAUUUUGGCCAGACUUCAAGUGUAAAUUUUCAGACUUCUUUGAAGAUGAUACUAUAUCAGAGUAUAUCUACCACUGCAAUGCACAGGAUCCCAGUGGUGAAACAGCAUUCAAAGCCAUGACGGAGUCCUUUGGCUGGGCCCGGCGCCCCAUGUUGGAGGGAAUUCACUUAAUUCGAAAAGAUGUACCCAUCACCAUGAUCUAUGGGGCCAACACCUGGAUAGAUACUAGCAUGGCAAAAAAAGUGAAGAUGCAGCGGCCAGAUUCCUAUGUCCGAGACAUGGAGAUUGAGGGUGCAUCGCAUCAUGUCUAUGCUGACCAGCCGCACAUCUUUAAUGCUGUAAUGGAAGAGAUCUGUGACUCAGUGGAUUGAGCUGCUCUUGCUAGAGGAAGAGGAGAAAGGGAGAGAGUUGCUGUCAC